AUGUCUCUGCUAGCAAACUAUGAGUCCUUCCUAAUCCAUAAUAUCGACACCCUCAGCUCCCUCGAGUCUACUCUCCGUUCAGUUUCCUGGUUGCUUCCCGGCCGUUUCAAGGAUGCCGAGCUCGCGUCUGAAUCUCUCGCCGCUUCGCUCAACCUGCUGAGCCUGUACCAUGACACGAUUAUUGCCAAGCUUGUGGAACGUGACCCCAAGUACAAGCCGCUCAUCCCGCCUUCGCUCCAUGCACGCUACACACGCGCCUGGGCAGAUUCUAGCGCCCGAUACAAGUGGGCAGCUCGGGCGCUUGAGGUUGUGCGCUUCACCCAGCUCUUGAUUGAGAUGGGUCUGCGCCGCAAAGCUUCGACUCAGACGCGGUGGAGGGGCAUCGUCAUGCUCGAGGCUGUCAAAGCUAUAUUGCGUUUCGUACUCCUCCGCAUCACAAAGCGGCCACUUGUGUCCCCUCCUAUUCCUGAGCGCGAGAUCGACCCGACUGCACUUCCGUCCUCAUCCACGACCUCCUCUCCGACACUCGCUCCUUCAUCGCCCUCGCAGUCCCCUCCAGGUACACCCGACCACCUACGGAACAACCAUGUGCCGCUCCUCCCGCACCCUCUUCUCACUUCGCCACCACCAACGAAGCAUACGACGCCUGUUGAGGAUUUCCUCCUCUCCAAGGCACUCACCACGUCAUCUGACUGGAUCGCAGAAAGCUUGUACAUCUUGCGACCGCUCGUUUAUGUCGUCAUGCUUUCGAAGGAUAGGAAGAGCAGCCGUCCGCUCCUCGCUUCCCUCGCCCUCGAACUCGUCUCCCGCAACCUGCGUCGUAUACCCACCAACUCCUCAGCACUUGAGCGCUCCGAGUACGCAUCUCGUGACCGCGAUAUGCUUUGGUACCUCCUCCGCGACUCGAUCUGGCAGACAUGGACUAGGCCAAAGCUCGAGACCUUUGCGGAUAAGACGGCCAGUGUGCCGCUUAUCAACCUUGUCAGCGCAUUCCUCAAGGACUGGAUGCCGCUCAUUGACGAGUAUCACUACUAUACCUCCCCGUAG